UUUAAAUUUUAUUUAUUAGAGCUAGGGUUACUCAAUCUCUCAAUCGACCUUAUUGCGUUUUUCUCCUCUGUCACUAACUCAUCAGCUGAAACACUAUCAACCUCCUUCACCAGCUAAUCACAGAAGAAGAAUUCCUCAUUACCACCUGCGCUUCUCUCACAGGGGUCUUUGAGAAUGGCAGAGGAAAUCGAGGAGGUUCAGAAAACAUUUAAAGAGUUGGGGAUAUGUGAUCAAUUGGCUGACGCUUGUGAUAAAUUGGGUUGGAAAAACCCUUCGAAGAUACAGGCUGAAGCAAUUCCUCAUGCACUUGAUGGUAAGGAUCUAAUUGGACUUGCACAAACGGGUUCUGGUAAAACUGGAGCCUUUGCCCUUCCCAUAUUGCAAGCCCUUUUAGAGAAUCCACAAUCGUUCUUUGCUUGUGUGAUGUCUCCAACAAGGGAGCUUGCUAUUCAGAUUUCUGAGCAGUUUGAAGCAUUAGGAUCCGAAAUUGGUGUUAAGUGUGCAGUGCUUGUUGGAGGAGUAGACAUGAUGCAACAGUCUAUCAAUCUUGCGAAGCGGCCACAUAUCAUUGUUGGAACACCUGGUCGCCUGAUGGAUCAUUUAACCAACACAAAGGGUUUUUCUCUUCGGAUGCUGAAAUUUCUGGUUUUGGAUGAGGCAGAUAGGUUGCUGAAUGAGGAUUUUGAAAAAUCACUUGAUGAAAUUCUCAAUGUUAUCCCUCGUGAUCGGAGAACGUAUUUAUUUUCUGCUACCAUGACCAAAAAGGUCAAGAAGCUGCAAAGGGCUUGUCUAAGGAACCCUGUGAAGAUUGAAGCAGCAUCUAAGUACUCCACAGUUGACACGCUAAAACAGCUUUAUUGCUUCGUGCCUGCUAAAUACAAGGAUUGCUAUCUAGUUUAUAUUCUUACUGCAAGAUCCGAAUCUACAUCAAUGGUUUUCACUCGUACAUGUGAUGCAACCCGUUUCCUAGCAUUGGUUCUUUCAAAUCUUGGCCUAAAGGCUAUACCAAUUAGCGGUCAUAUGACCCAGGCAAAAAGACUGGGUUCUUUAAAUUUAUUCAAGUCUGGACAAUAUAAUAUACUUGUGUGCACUGAUGUGGCAAGUCGGGGACUCGAUAUCCCAGCUGUAGAUAUGGUCAUUAAUUAUGAUAUCCCAUCAAACUCCAAGGAUUAUAUACAUAGAGUGGGAAGAACUGCUCGAGCUGGUCGAUCAGGGGUUGCAAUCUCCCUUGUGAAUCAGUACGAGUUGGAAUGGUAUAUACAGAUUGAAAAGCUCAUCGGUAAAACGUUACCCAAGUAUCCCGCUGAAGAAGUAGAAGUCUUGCUACUGUUGGAGCGUGUUUCAGAUGCCAAAAGAAUUGCCCAAGGGAAAAUCAAAGAUGGGGUUGGGAAGAAGAGAAGGAAUAGAGAUGACGAUGAAGUUGAGAAAGAUGCCGAGAAAUACUUUGGUCUCAAGGAUUCUCGCAAGUUCUCCAAGAAACCAAAUGGAGGUAGGGGUAGGGGUGGUGGUGGUGGUGGGGGACGGGGCCGAGGUCGAGGACGAUAAGUACUGCACUUGCUCACCAUCCACAAUUUUGUUAAUUGUUAUUUAUAGGAAAUAGAUGAAAAGAGGCGACGGGUUAGUUUUGUUCUUUAGCCAACUGCACAUUUUGUGAUAUUUUAUUAAAGAUAAUUUUUAAUUUAGUUGUAAUGAUUUUCCA